AUGGGAGGAAAUUUAUCAUCAGAAUUAAAAUCAACAAAAUAUAGAAAGAGAGAGAUUGUUGAUUUAAGAAAGAUGAAUAUUGAUAAAUUACCACCAACCAUUGGAGCAUUACAAUGUAAAGAGUUAUUAUUAUCAGAGAAUGAUUUAAUAACGAUACCAGAGGAGAUUGGAAAACUUAGUAAGGUAGAGAUCAUUGAUUUCGCCAAGAAUCGUAUCAAUUAUAUUCCACCAGAGAUUGGAUCAUUGGCAACAUUGAAGCAAUUGUUCUUGUCAAAUAACAAGUUAUUCUACACACCGAUCACACCAAACAUUGGAGCAUUAAAGAAUUUGACACGUUUAGAUUUAUCAUCGAAUCAAUUGGAUGACCUACCAGUGGAGAUAUCAAAUUGCGAAGCGUUAGAGUAUUUGGAUAUCUCUGACAACCAAUUGCAAUCAUUCCCAUUGGAAUUUGGAAAGUUAUACAACCUUCAAGUAUUCAAUUGCUCAAAGAACUCGUUGAAAUCGUUGCCUUCAGAGAUCAGCGGUUGGGUGAAGUUGGAGGAAUUGAACGUGUCCAACAAUCAAUUGGCAUUCUUGCCAAAUCAGAUCUGUUUGUUGGGUUUGCUCUCGACUUUGAAUGUCGGCUUCAACAAGUUGCAGCAAUUACCUGAAGAACUCUCCUCAAUGGUGAGCUUGACCAAUUUGGACCUCAAAGUGAAUCCACCACUUCAAUACGUACCACAACUCUCCAACCUUCGUCAAUUGAAAAUCCUCUCAAUUAGAAACCUUCAAAUCACUCAUUUACCAUUGGGUCUUGGUUUACUCUCAGAGUUGAUUGAAUUGGAUAUUAGAGAUAACCCACAACUCAAAGAGAUCCCAUACGAUAUCGCCACCCUUAUCAAUCUUCAAAAAUUGGAUCUCUUUGGUAACAACAUGAGAAUCGUUCCAAGAGAAGUUGGUAAUCUCAUCAAUCUUCAAACUUUAGAUCUUCGUCAAAACAAACUUACCAUUGAUAAUAUUCCAUCAGAAAUUGGUAAACUUGUAAACUUAAAGAAAUUAUUAUUAUCAAAUAAUUUAUUAAUUGCAUUACCACCAGAAAUUGCAUCAAUGAAAGCAUUAAAAGAAUUUGAAGCAUCAAAUAAUCAACUUCAAGCAAUUCCAACAGAAAUUGGUGAAUUAUCAGGUUUAACUAAAAUUAAUUUAUCAGGUAAUAAAUUAACAAGUAUUCCAGCAUCAUUUGGUAAUUUAUCAGAAUUACAAAUUUGUGAUUUAAAGAGUAAUGAAAUUGCAGAAUUACCAACUACAUUGGAUGGUCUUAAAUCUUGUACUAAAAUUGAUCUUUCACAUAAUAUGUUAACUGAAUUACCAUGGGAGUUUGGUGAUUUAAUUGGUCUUACCAUUCUUGAUGUUGGUCAUAAUCCAUUAACAAUUCCACCAAAUCCAAUCGUUAUGAAAGGUACUGAAUCUAUCAUUCAAUGGUUAAAGAAGAAUGAAAAAGAAGGUCGUAAAGGUAAAGUUAGUGGUUUAGGUAUUCAACAAGAUAAUGAAAAAUAA